GUUUUGAACUAGAGGUGGGUGCCGCCGACAAGACUUUGGUGCCGUCGACGACGACGACGGCAGCGACAAGAUGACGAUGCGACUCGUGAAGCUAGCGGUCUUUGCAUGCAUGGCUCUGGUGUUGCAAGUGGCCCGUUGCGACCCCCGUGAAAGCGAGACCCGGUUUGUUUAUCUUGCACCUCCAUCGUGGAUCUCGAGUAUGUGGUUAGAAUGGGAUUUGACGACGGUGACUUGAACACCCAGUCCCUUGUCCACACCAAGCGCGGGUACUCACUGGACUUGGAACACUCCAUCUCCACUGAAGGUGUUGUUGGGUCGUUUUCCUCCCGCGGUGAAGUUUCCAUCGACUUUGAGCGUGCCAAGCCCACUGUCACGUUCCCCACUAAAGUCGUCCUCAACGACGCUCAACGUGCCGCGUUCCAAACAUUGUUGUCCCAAAAUGGUUUUUAUACUGUUCGCGCGAAAUCUCAGCCUGGGAACCCAAACUCCGCUUUCGUCAUGGCGUCUGUGCCGGUGUGCUUUUUGGUCAAGAACCGCUUCCGCGAAGAGCUUUCCUUCCACGUGAAUGAUGUCGGUCACCUCAUCAGCAUCGAGUUCCGCACGCCGGCCCUGUCUCCAUCGGAAUGCGCCAAUGUUGGCAAGCGCGUGAUCAAAGACGCGAGCUUCUCCAGCACCGGCUCGGUCGCGGUGCCAAUCGACGGCCCUGAAGUUCCGCGAGUUAUUGCCGCCGCAAGUGCCGCCAAAGUCGCCGUUCCACCAGGUGUCGAACCCGUCCGAGAUGAAAAUGCCCCCCCUCCCGAGGAAUCGCAGAGCUUCUUCCGCCGAUACUGGUACAUCAUCGUGCCUGUACUCGUCCUGCUUAUCAGCGGCGGCGGCGACGCUCCUGCGGCUGGCGCCGCCCCUGCAGCUGGUGGUGGAGCCCCUCGUCGAUAAAGUCGAUAAAGACAAUCCAUGGAAUCCUAUCUUUCGUUCAACUGAACAGCCGCGAAUUGAAUACGAACGAACGAGUAAACGUGU